AUGGAGUCGGGGGAAUCAAAGGAGCAGAAAAAACAAAUCCAGGAUCAAACAAAAGUGAAAACUUGCAUAUUUUGCGCCGUUAUCUUCAUGCUUGCUUAUGUGGUAACAGCGACCUACAUACCAUUUCCCAGACUGCAUCUUCCCAAUUUUAUCGACAGAGUUGUCUUCACUCUACGAUGGCUGAUGGUUUCUCUACUGGCAAUCUAUGCCGGUGUCAUUGCAGUUGGAAAUAAGCGAUUUGCUACAGCUGCCAUCAAUCCACUGGAUCCGAGCGGUAAACAGUUCACAGAGCUUCGUCAACAGUAUCUUCAAAACACUGUGGAGCAAUUCCUGCUUCAUUCAUUCAGUCUGCUAGCGUUGUCGACUUACCUUUCUGAAGAGAAGAUGCAUUGGAUUCCGCUGUUGAUUGUGCUCUUUAUAAUCGCAAGAGCUCUGUUUUUCAUUGGGUAUUCCAUUGACCCUUUGAAGCGAGGAGUUGGAUUUGCAAGUACCUCGUACCCAACUCUGGCUGUUACUGGAUACUGUUUGUAUUGUAUGUGCGUGUAUGGUGUGACCUUUGGCGUUAAAUGA